UCCCGGUUGUUUCCUCUGCUCAUCGAUCGUCACUGGCUCACUGCCCUGCCCAUGAGAUGAGAUGAGAUGAGAUCAUCACACCAUCAUGUUCACAAACCGGAGACUGGACUCGGCUCUCCCUCCCUCGCAAUGGAUCAGAGGAUAGCAGCUGCGUUGCAAGGCUACAUAAACAGAGCACCUCCAAGACGCCUUGAGAAGCAAGCACACCAAGCCAUAGCCAUUCGAGCAGCGACGAAAACGGAACAAGGAACUAACCGUGCAUUGCUAGCAGCUGGACUUGGAGUUGAUCCUUCCACCAUCGCCAUGGACGGCAACAAGACCCGUGAUCCGCUGCUUGCGACCGUGGCCACCAAGACCAUCCCGGCUGCCGUCCGGCGGGCCAGCGGAUGGGCGCUCUUCACCGCCUGCGGCACCCUCGCGUCCUUCGCCUUGGGCCACGCGGUCACCUACGCACUCGGCCAGCAUGUUGGUCUGGGCGCAGUCCUCCUUCUUCCUGCGGUGCGCCCAGUGGACGGACGCGGAGGCCGACGAGGAGAGCGCGCUCUGGUUCGGGAUGCUCUGCUGCGCCCUACUCCAGGCUCCCGUGCCGCCGCCGCUGGGUCCGCCGCGCCCUCGCCUACCUCGCGCUCGUGGUCACCAUCGUUGGCCACUGCAUGUACGCCGUCCACGUCCACCUCAUCCUGGCCGCCGACACAGGAUACGUCUCCGCUAGGAUCUUGGGCACGGCGGACAUGGUCAUCUUCGCGGGGGGCGACCUCCUCUGCUUCCUGGGCCUCCUCCUCGGAGGUGACAAGUGAUGAGCAGCAGUGCGUAGGCAGCCGAUCGAUUAGCUGCAGAGGAUCAUGUCCAUGGAUCAGUUCGUUCAUGAGGUGCUACUGAUCAAGUGGUGGAAUAAGAAAGUAGAGUAUGCAUUAAUUAUGGAUCGAUAGUGUAGUAUUUGUGUAAUGUGGGCUAUAUAAUUAGCCUGAGUUGUAUGAUGUAUAUAUUGGACCUUUUCAUUUCCAUGCAGUGCAGUAUGAUUAUCAGGCUUUACA